CCGCCUUUCGCCAUCCGCCUUUCGCCACCCGCCUUUCGCCAUCCGCCUUUCGCCACCCGCCUUUCGCCACCCGCCUUUCGCCAUCCGCCUUUCGACGCUCGUCUUUCGCGUUUAUCGUUCUCCACCAUCUCAAGAUGAACCUUGGGAAAUUCUUGCAGCGGCUGAAACAAGAACAAGCGUCCUUUGCUCAGGGAACCGCCAGAAUUCGUAAAUACGAAAAAAAAUACAUUAGAUGGAGAGAAACGGUAAUGGCUGGAAAACACGGUACCUCUAAAGCAGCACAGCGGAGCAUUAACGCACGUGCACGAAAAUUGUUGCUCGACAUUUCCGCAAUUGACAUUGCAAUCGUCUUAUUAUGUGCAGCUACGGUCAGUGUGAAAGACCUUGCUGUACUGCAAAAAGAUCCAAAGACUCUAGAAAACAUUCGAGAAUGGUGGAACUCUGCUAAACGGUCGUAUUUACUCACUAAAACUACUCGAGAUUUAGAGUGCCGUGUAGGUCAAGAAGAUCAAGAUAUCAGCCAAGAAGGCUACAAUUGUGCGCAAGAUAAUCCAGCCCAGGUACGACACACAAACAAAGUUGAGACUGUUCCCUUAACAAAAGGGAUGGUUGGAUACAUGGCCGAUGCCCUUGCAAACGGCGCAACCAUCGAGAUUUCUUUGCCGUAUGAUGCGAGACAGCCGUACAUUCUCGUUCCACACGAUUGGUGUGCGAACGCCCUCAGAUUCCAUAUCAAGCAAAACGAGACAGCCUUACUUCAGAAUUCGAACUGUCGCCCCUCCGAACCAAUAACAGAAACAGCCCGGUUUUAAGAUCACCAUUUUCACCCCCUCCACAGACCCCGGGUGGGUGCUCACUGUUUUGUGCUCUGUGUUUGAACAAAUCUUUACUGAGCCUUCUGUGCCGGUAUUGUACUUAAUAACAAUGGCAAAGUCGUUUAGUUUGAUUUCUUCUGUGCCUAAUCCCGAUUGCCAUUCGGUAGCAGUUAUAUGCUCGGAUACUGUGCUUGUCU